AUGGAGUCAUGCAUUGAAAAUAUUCUCCAUAAAUUUGACAGCAAACGGAGACUGAGUUCUACACAUGGUGACUUCUUAUCACAGCCUUUGCAGAAUGCUCAGAAUGAGGAAACUGGGAUUCAGAUAGGGGAAAGCAAGUUGAAUACAUUGGUACAGAAACUUAAUGACUUCCUGGCACAGUCAUCAGAAGAAUCUGAAGAAACAAGUUGUCCUGCUAGACUUCCAGUGAACCAAAGCAUGGAUAAAAUCAGUGGUUCUGGAAAUAACUCUGAUAUGAUGGAAAACAGCAGGGAAGAGGGAAUUAGCACUUCAGAAAAAUGCAAAUCUUCAGGAUCAUCACGAUCAAAGAGGGAACUGAAACUUCAACGUACUGGUUGGGAAAUGCUGCAGAAUAGGCACAGCAGUGAUAGCAGAACAAACUUCUCAGAUUGUCCUCCGCUGCAUUCCCCCAAAAGUACAGUGAUUGUACAACCAGAGCCAGUGCUGAAUGAAGACAAAGAUGAUUUUAAAGGGCCUGAAUUUAGAAGCAGACGUAAAAUGAAAACUGAAAAUCUCAAAAAACGCGGAGAAGAUGGGCUUCAUGGGAUUGUGAGCUGCACAGCUUGUGGACAGCAGGUCAAUCAUUUUCAAAAAGAUUCCAUUUAUAGACAUCCUUCUCUGCAAGUCCUUAUUUGUAAGAAUUGCUUUAAAUAUUACAUGAGUGAUGAUAUAAGCCGUGACUCAGAAGGAAUGGAUGAACAAUGUAAAUGGUGUGCAGAAGGUGGAAACUUGAUUUGUUGUGACUUUUGCCAUAAUGCCUUCUACAAAAUAUGCAUUCUACGCAAUCUUGGUCGAAAGGAGCUGUCUGCAAUAAUGGAUGAAAACAACCAAUGGUAUUGCUACAUUUGUCACCCAGAGCCUUUGUUGGACUUGGUCACUGCAUGUAACAGUGUAUUUGAGAAUUUAGAACAGUUGUUGCAACAAGAUAAGAAAAAGAUAAAAGUUGACAAUGAAAAGAGUAAUAAAGUAUAUGAUCAUACACCCAGAUUUUCUCCAAAAAAAAAUAGUUCAAAUUGUAAUGGAGAAGAAAAGAAAUUAGAUGAUCCAUGUUCUGGUUCUGUAACUUACUCUUACUCAGCACUAAUUGUGCCCAAAAAGAUGAUUAAGAAGGCAGAAAAACUGAUUGAGACCACAGCCAACAUGAACUCCAGUUAUGUUAAGUUUUUGAAGCAGGCAGCAGAUAAUUCAGAAAUCAAUUCUGUUUCAAAGUUACGUCAGCUUAAGGCCUUUAAAUCUGUGUUUGCUGAUAUCAAAAAAGCUCAUCUUGCAUUAGAAGAUUUAAAUUCGGAGAUUCAAGCUUUGAAAGCUAUAAACAAAGAGAAAAAUACCAAAGGGCAUAAAGUCUUGGAUGCUAAAUCUGAAACAAAAGUAAGGAAAGGAGAAAAAUCUUGUGCUUUGGAAAGGAAGGAUGUUUCAAAGUCAGAAGCUAAACUGUCAAGAAAGAAGGUAGAUAGUGAGCACAUGGAUCAGAGUGUUCCCACAGAAGAACAAAGAGCAAAUAAAAGUACCAGUGGUGAACAUAAGAAAUCUGAUAGAAAAGAAGUACCUCAAUUUGAACCUGCUAACACUUCUGAAGACUUAGACAUGGAUAUUGUGUCUGUUCCUUCCUCAGUUCCAGAAGACAUUUUUGAGACUCUUGAGACAGCUAUGGAAGUUCAAAGUUCAGCUGAUUAUCAGGGGGAUGGCCACAGUGGAACUGAGCAAGAGCUGGAGAGUUCUUCUGUAAAAUUAAAUAUUACUUCACGAGACAGCAGAGGAGGUAUUAAACCAAAAACUUCAGCUAAAGUAACAAAAGAAUUAUAUGUUAAACUCACUCCUGUUUCCCUUUCUAAUUCCCCAAUUAAAGGUGCUGAUUGUCAAGAAGUUCCACAAGAUAAAGAUGGCUAUAAAAGUUCUGGUCUGAAAUCCAAGUCAGAGAACUGUGGACCUGGACGGGAAAACAGUGAUAGUGAGCAUUUGGUUGAAAAUAAAGGUCUGUUACUUUUAGAAGAAUCUGAUCUUCGAAGAUCCCCACGUGUAAAGACUACGCCCUUGAGGCGACAGACAGAAACUAACCCUGCAACAUCUAAUUCAGAUGAAGAAAUUAAUGAGACAGUUAAGGCAAAACAAAAGCUAUCUGUCCCACUAAGGAAAAAGGAUAAGCAGAAUUCAUCUGACAUUGCUAUAGAUAAUCCUAAACCUAGUAAGUUGCCUAAAUCUAAGCAGUCAGAGAUCAUAGACCAGAAUUCAGACUCUGAUGAAAUGCUAGCAAUCCUUAAAGAGGUAACCAGAAUGAGUCAUAGUUCUUCUUCAGAUACUGAUAUUAAUGAAACCCAUGCAAACGAGAAGUCUUUGUAUGAUUUAAAGACAAAAACAGGAAAAGAUGAGAAAGGAAAAAGGAAACGAAAAAGUUCUACUUCUGGCUCAGAUUUUGAUACAAAAAAAGGCAAAUCAGCUAAAAGCUCUAAAAUUUCUAAAAAGAAACGACAAAACCAUUCUGAAUCUUCCAAUUAUGACUCAGAAUUAGAAAAAGAGAUAAAGAGCAUGAGUAAAAUCAGGGCUACAAGAACAACCAAAAAACGAGUUCCAAAUAAAGGAGAUUAUGAUUCUUCAGAAGAUGAAAAACAUAGCAAAAAAAGAAUGGAUAGUCAAGGGGAGAAAUGUUUAAAGGGUGCACAAGAAGGACCAGGUGAUGAUGCCGAAAGGAACGAGAGAGAGAAUUUCUCUUCAGCAGAAGGCAUGGUUGAUAAAGACAAAACUAUCAAGGAAAUAAGAGAUCAACUCCCAAAGAAGCAGCAGCCAAAUGUUUCCUCUGAUGGUGCUGAUAAGCCUUCUGGGAAAGAGAAGUGUUUUUAUUCUCCUGAAGACAAAAAGGUUGCUGAUACUGAAGAAAAGAACAAGCAUCUGAAAACCAAAACAUGUAAGAAAGGACAGGGUGGCUUAUCAGAUGUUGCUGAGAAAUUCCCAAAGAAAGAGCACAGUGAUGAGUCCUCUGAAGAUGAUAAAAAGCAGGGCAAAAAGGGAACUGAAGGAAAAGAAAAGAAAACUACAGACUUUAAGAAAAAAGUAAUUAAGAUUGAACAACAGUGUGAAUCAUCAUCUGAUGGCACUGAUAAAUUACCUGAGCGAGAAGAAAUUUGUCAUAUUCCUAAAGGCAUAAAACAAAAUAAGAAUGACAAAACUGGUGAGGAAGAGAAAAGUGAAAAUGUAAAAGAUAAAACUUCUAAAAAGAAGGAUCAAUUAUAUGAUUAUGCUGAGACGCUACCAGGGAAAGGAGAUAGUUGUGACUCUUCAGAAGAUAAAAAGAGUAAAAUUGGAGCAUUUUGUAGAGAGAAGAAAAGGGGCACCUUGCCUGAAAAGUGUUCAAGGAAGGGACAAGAUUGUUCAUCAUCUGAUACUGAGAAACAUUCCAUGAAAGAAGAUGGUUGUGAUUCUUCCGAUAAGAGACUAAAAAGAAGAGAAUUGAGGGAAAGAAAAAUUUUAAAUUCAAGAAGAAAUACCAAGGAAAUACAGAGUGGCUCAUCAUCUUCUGAUGCUGAGGAAAGUUGUUCUGAAGAUAAUAAAAAACAGAAGAAACAAAGAACUUCAGUUAAAAAAGACAGGCAUAUCAAGGAGAAAAAGAGAAACUCCCUAAAAAUAAGCACUAGAAGGAAACAAGCUGAUAUUGGUUCCUCAUCAUCUUCUGAUGUAGGAAAUGAUGAUCAGAAUUCUGUGGAUGAGGGGAGCAGUGAUGAACAGAAAAUUAAGCCUGUAACUGAAAAUUUACUGCUGUCUUCACACACUGGAUUUUGCCAGUCUUCAGGAGAUGAAGCCUUAUCUAAAUCAGUGCCUGUCACAGUGGAUGAUGAUGACGAUGACAAUAAUCCUGAGAAUAGAAUUGCCAGGAAGAUGCUUUUAGAAGAAAUUAAAGCCAAUCUUUCCUCUGUUGAGGAUGGAUUGUCAGAUGAUGAACCAGAAGAAGGAAAAAAAAGAAUGGGAAAACAAAAUGAAAACCCAGGAGAUGAGGAAUCAAAAAAUCAAGUCAAUUCUGAAUCAGACUCAGAUUCAGAACAAUCUAAGAAGCCAAGGUACAGACAUAAGCUUUUGAGGCACAAACUGGCUGUGAGUGAUGGAGAAUCUGGAGAAGAAAAAAAGAGGAAACCUAAAGAGCAUAAAAAAGCCAAAGGCAGAAAUAGAAGGAAGGUGUGCAGUGAAGAUUCAGAAGAUUCUGAUUUUCAGGAAUCAGGUGUUAUUGAAGAAGUUAGUGAGUCUGAAGAUGAACAGCGGCCCAGAACGAGGUCAGCAAAGAAAGCAGAGUUAGAAGAAAAUCAGCAGAGUUAUAAACAAAAAAAGAAAAGGCAACGCAUUAAGGUUCAGGAAGAUUCAUCCAGUGAAAACAAGAGUAAUUCUGAAGAAGAAGAAAAAGACAAAGAAGAUGAUGAAGAAGAGGAGGAAGAAGAAGGUGAAAAUGAUGAUUCCAAGUCUCCUGGAAAAGGCAGAAAGAAAAUUUGAAAGAUUCUUAAAGAUGACAAAUUAAGAACAGAAACACAAAAUACUCUUAGAGAAGAGGAAGAAAGACGAAAACGUAUUGCUGAGAGAGAGCGCAAGAGAGAGAAAUUAAGAGAGGUAAUAGAAAUUGAAGAUGCUUCCCCCACCAAGUGUCCAAUAACAACCAAAUUGGUUUUAGAUGAAGAUGAAGAAACCAAGGAACCUUUAGUGCAGGUUCAUAGAAAUAUGGUUAUCAAAUUGAAACCCCAUCAAGUAGAUGGUGUUCAGUUUAUGUGGAAUUGAUGCUGUGAGUCUGUUAAAAAGACAAAGAAAUCUCCGGGAUCAGGCUGCAUUCUUGCCCACUGCAUGGGCCUUGGUAAGACUUUACAGGUGGUAAGUUUUCUUCAUACAGUUCUUCUGUGUGACAAAUUGGAUUUCAGCACAGCUUUAGUGGUUUGUCCUCUUAAUACUGCUUUGAAUUGGAUGAAUGAAUUUGAGAAGUGGCAGGAGGGAUUAAAAAAUGAUGAGAAACUUGAGGUCUCUGAAUUAGCAACUGUGAAACGUCCUCAGGAGAGAAGCUACAUGCUGCAGAGGUGGCAAGAAGAUGGUGGUGUUAUGAUCAUAGGCUAUGAAAUGUACAGAAAUCUUGUUCAAGGAAGGAAUGUGAAGAGUAGGAAACUUAAAGAAAUAUUUAACAAAGCCUUGGUUGAUCCAGGCCCUGACUUUGUUGUUUGUGAUGAAGGCCAUAUAGUAAAAAAUGAAGCAUCUGCUGUUUCAAAAGCUAUGAAUUCUAUACGAUCAAGGAGGAGGAUUAUUUUAACAGGAACACCCCUUCAAAAUAACCUAAUUGAGUAUCAUUGCAUGGUUAAUUUUAUCAAGGAAAAUUUGCUUGGAUCCAUUGAGGAGUUCAGGAAUAGAUUUAUAAAUCCAAUCCAAAAUGGUCAGUGUGCAGACUCUACCAUGGUAGAUGUCAGAGUGAUGAAAAAACGUGCUCACAUUCUCUAUGAGAUGUUAGCUGGAUGUGUUCAGAGGAAAGAUUAUACAGCUUUAACAAAGUUCUUGCCUCCAAAACAUGAAUAUGUGUUAGUUGUGAGAAUGACUCCUAUUCAGUGCAAGCUCUAUCAAUACUACUUGGAUCACUUAACAGGUGUAGGUAAUAGCAGCAAAGGUGCAAGAGGAAAGGCAGGUGCAAAACUUUUCCAGGAUUUCCAGAUGUUAAGUAGAAUCUGGACUCAUCCUUGGUGUUUACAGCUGGACUACAUUAGCAAAGAAAAUAAGGGAUAUUUUGAUGAAGACAGUAUGGAUGAAUUCAUAGCUUCAGAUUCUGAUGAAACCUCCAUGAGUUUAAGCUCCGAUGAUUAUGCAAAAAAGAAGAAAACAAAAGGGAAAAAGGGGAAAAAAGAUAGUAGCUCAAGUGGAAGUGGCAGUGACAAUGAUGUUGAAGUGAUUAAAGUCUGGAAUUCAAGAUCUCAAGGAGGUGGUGAAGGAAAUGUGGAUGAAACAGGAAACAACCCCUCAGUUUCUUUAAAGCCGAAAGAAAGUAAAACUGCUUCCUCUUCUAAUCCAAGCAGCCCAGCCCCAGACUGGUACAAAGAUUUUGUUACAGAUGCUGAUGCUGAGGUUUUAGAGCAUUCGGGAAAAAUGGUAAUUCUUUUUGAAAUUCUUCGAAUGGCAGAAGAAAUUGGGGAUAAAGUGCUUGUUUUCAGCCAGUCUCUUAUAUCUCUGGACUUGAUUGAAGAUUUUCUUGAAUUAGCUAGUAGGGAGAAGACAGAAGAUAAAGAUAAACCUCUUAUUUAUAAAGCUUCAUUUUAUUAUGGUCAUAAAAUGUGCUCUCCUUCUCCUGGAUGUUCCACUGCAGAACAUAAACCACCUAAGCCUUUGCUCCAGGCCACCAAAACAGUCAUCAGUGACUGGACCCCACACCUCCAGAUCUUAGGGAACUAG